UAUGAGACCAGAGAGGCCUUGUUGCGACAUCUUUCGGCAUAUGAUGUUGCUAAGCUCGACAUAGCGUUCCAUCACAUUCUGAGCGAUACCGAAAAAAGGACAUAUCUAAAUCCAAUAAGAGACUUACUAUGGGAUAUCGCGGAAACAGAGGUGCUAUUACAGGAGGGGAUGAAGCUUCUGCUCCUUGGGAAAGACAGACUGGCUCUGAAAGGCAGACUGUAUGAUACGGAGGGUUAUCUGAAGUCUUACGGUCAUCGAAAGCUUAAGGUGUAUCUUUUGGGGAUCUUCCCGUUGCAGGAAAAAACUACCACAUCUCUUGACAGAAUGAUUAGAUUCAGCAUUAAUGGAGAAGCUAGUCAGAGCCGAAUUCUUCAGGACGAAAACGAUCUACGGAGAAUAGAAGAGAGACUAUUUGUAUACGGCUGGUCAUUACAGAGAACCUUCCUAAUGGCAUUUGGAGCGCCUACUGAUCUAUCUUCAAGUGAUUCUAAAGGAUUCUGGUAUAAGGUACCUAAUAUACCUGAUCGGACUGUAGAACUAAGGGUGUAUGUUCCCAGCUUCCAUGAUAGAAUAUUCGAAAGGGUUGAAUUGCCUGUAUCUGAAAUACCCCGAUUAAGUGGU